UGCCUAGGAAUGUGUCCAGCUAAUAAUCCUUGGGGAUUAUAAUAAUAUAGAUGUAAUGGUAUAGACUGGGUCUCUCUCACCAUUUUUACCCUAAUACUUCACCACUAGUGUUGAAGCGACCCUUUAAUUCUUCCUCCAUGGCUACUUUUCAACCCUCUCUAGAGUGUGAUAACAUCUCCAAUAUCCACAGUGAGCAAACAGAUUCGGAUUUGAUCCAAAAAGCAGAUGAAAGAUAUAGGGAAACACUCCCCAAUCUUCCUAAAGGCAAAGGCUGGAUGACUCAACAUCUGGUUCAAUACCAAGGUUUUUGGGUAAACCCUGAUGCAGCUUUGAAAAAUUUGAUGUGGAUCCAAGACCACUUCAAACCUAGACCCACCGAUAUUUUCUUAGCCUCCUUUCCAAAAAGCGGCACCACUUGGCUCAAGGCACUUAUUUUCGCCAUCGUCAACCGCACCCGCUAUGGUUUUGCCGACCACCCUUUGCUCACCACUGGCCCUCACGAUUGCUUCCCUUUCUUGUAUGCUCACUUAUAUGAAAAAGAUCGGUCUCGUUUCGAUCUUGAUGGGUUUCCUUCACCACGUCUUCUUUCAAGUCAUAUCCCUUAUGUUUCGUUACCAAAUUCCAUGACUGAUAAUCAAAGUUACAGGUUCAUUUACAUCUGUAGGGACCCCAAAGAUGUGCUUGUUUCGACAUGGCUCUUCAUGAACAAGUUGAGGCCUAAAGAAUUGGCACCCCUUUCACUUGAGGAAGCAUUUGAGUUGUUUUGCCAAGGGAUAUCCCCUUAUGGACCCUUUUGGGAUCAUGUUUUAGGGUAUUGGAGAGCAAGCUUAGAAACCCCAGAAAAGAUAUUGUUCUUGAAAUACGAAGAGUUGAAGAAGGAGCCCUUUGUUAUUGUUAAGAGCUUAGGUGAAUUUCUUGGUUACCCUUUUUCGUUAGAGGAAGAAAGUAAAGGAGUGGUUGAAGAAAUAGUGAAACUAUGUAGUUUUGAGAAUUUGAGCAACUUAGAAGUGAAUAGAACAAGUGUGCAAAAGUUCAGCAAAGGUGCCACAGUUGAUAAUCGCCAUUUUUUUAGAGAGGGAAAAGUUGGAGAUUGGAAGAAUUAUUUAACAGCUGAGAUGGUAGAACGUUUAGAUGAAAUAACAUAUCACAACUUACUUGCUUCUGGAUUGCUAUUUCCUUCCUAAUCUCUAUUUUCAUUUAUUCAACUACGUACUAAAUACCUUUUCUAUAUAUUUAUUAUGUGCCCAUGUUAAUAUUUAUCUUUCAUUAUUUUAUAUAUAUAAUCAACAUAUUUAGUUA